AUGACGCUGAAUCCGACCGUGACGGCAAAGUUGUUAAAGUAUGGCCCUGAUCUUGAACCCAGAGCCAAUUGGCUGACAGCUCUCUUCUUUGCUAUAUUGGCUGGGGACGACCAAGUAUUUCAGCUCUUGUGGGAAUCCGGCGCAGACGCAACGGCCAAGACGUUCUGUGAGCCUGGUACCGGAGAGUCAGUCCUCCAUAUGGCGGCUGCCUCGUGGAGGGAUUCCAUGCUGCCGCUGCUCAUUGAAUACGGCGCCGACGUGAAUGCGAGCGGCACCAAUCCCGCUGGCCAGACAGCGCUUCACAUCGCAGCAGAGUAUGGCAACGAAGGUGCCCUGCGAGAGCUAAUCAGGGCCGGCGCCGAUGUGUUUGCCACUUAUGCCGAUGGCAAGACGGCUCUGCAUGCGGCGGCCAAGGGCGGUAACAUGAACACAGCUGAGAUUCUAAUCGACCACGGCAUCGACAUCUUGGCCCGGGAUGGUCAUGGGGCAACGCCCAUGUGUGUGGCGGCUAUACACAAUAGGCGCAAGAUGGUGCAAUUUUACCUCGAUAGGUGUGGCGGCUUCAUGUCGGAAGAAUCCAAGGUCGAUGUUGUCAUUAGAGCGGUAGGAACAGGUCAUGUUGGAAUUCUCGAGAUGCUCGACAGCGCAGGGUUUCCUAUUCUUGGUCGAAAUGGCAUCGGUGACACGGGACUGUCUGCUGCAUCGUAUUUUGGGCACAAAGACGCUGUGGUUUUCUUACUGCGGCGAGGCGCUGGUCCACGACAACAGAGCAAUCGUGGCACCACGGCACGUUACCUGGCGAAUUUGGCUGGCCAUGGCGAUGUGGCCGAGCUUUUGCAGGACGCGGAACGGCUGCUCGCCGUAGAUGCCAAUGCUGAAUUGUUUCUAGGGUGGAAGAACGCGGAUGUCGUCGACGCUUCGUGGGAAGCUAAGUUCUGGGCUGGAGCCAUGAGUGUAUCCGAGACUAGGAAGGUUCACGCGCCUCGAGAGUUUUCAGGCACAUUCAUUUGCAUUCAUUGCAAAUACUUCGAUUUCCGGAGGGGGAUGCCCCCGGACGCAGAGGUCGUGCAUUUUCUGAGCAUGGCCUCGCUGACUUACUCGGCCUCCCGCGGCUGCAAUGGCUGCCAGUUUCUCUGCGACUGUCUAGCAAAGAUAACAGAUGUCCACGGUCAAGGUAUAUGGGGCAACCAACCCGCGACAAAUCUGACUCUUCACCCCAUGGCUCUUGGGAAGCCGCUACUGUUGAGCUCCGGUCGCCUAACCUCCCGACUAUCCAGGAGGGUUGAGAUAUACGUGAAAGAGAGAACCCGAACAACAUGGCCCACUGUGGGAAUUGGUCGGGACACGGUCUUCUCGAACUGGUCCGAAGAACGUGCUGCAAUCGCGCGCAAGUAUCUCCGGGAAUGUAUUGUAAGCCACAAGCACUGUCCGUAUAGCACUGGAUUGUUACCAAAGAGAGUAGUUCGAGUCGGCUCAGCAGGUAAAGACCCUCACCUCUAUAUCAGCACCGGAGAGCUCGCUGACUACGUCACGUUGAGCCAUAGCUGGGGUGGCGUCAGCCCAAUCACCACCACAACCAACACCAUCUCGCAGAGAAUGAAAACCAUCGCAUAUAAAAGUCUGCCAAAGACAUUUCAGGACGCGGUGACCAUCACCCGAAGCCUCGGUAUCCAGUAUCUAUGGAUUGACUCGCCUUGCAUUGUGCAGGACAGCCAAGAGGACUGGCAGAGGGAGGCUGCUAACAUGAAGCACGUUUACGCAAACUGCUGUGCCAUGAUUUCUGCAGACGAUUCGCCGAACCCCCAUGGCGGUUGUUUUAACUCUACUGCUGGCGCCGGCCCGACCAGCUACGCCGUGGAUUCCAAAGGACCGUUGUUCAGCAAACUCAGAGCCUACGUCAGACUCAUUCACCUGCGCGAUCCGUUCCACAUGGAGGUCUGCCAUAGAAUUGGAGACUUUAACGCACCUCCGGAAACCUCCCGGAGUCUUUUAAACUUGCGAGGAUGGACGCUACAAGAGAGAGUGCUUGCGCCUCGGGUGCUACACUUUGGCCGAUCCGAGUUUGCCUGGGAAUGCCCCGAGACGCGAGCCUGCGAGUGCCAACCCACACCUACAAACUUCGACAAAGAGUCAAGGUUCAAGGCAUUGCUUACCGAUAGUGCCCUGCGAGUAGCGCAGCCUGGCAGGCGCAACUCUAUUACGCAUGACGAAGUCGACAUACUACUAUGGACUCACUUUGUGAGUGAGUUUACACAGAGGCAACUCACCUACAGCACCGAUACCCUGCAUGCUCUGUCCGGGCUAGCAAGUUACAUGGCCACAGCGGCUAAGGCAGAUUAUAUCUGUGGUAUCUGGAAGCAAAAGCUGUCCGAGUUUCUGAAGUGGAGGGUUGACUACGCUCUUGGUGUGAAGACCGAAUUAUCUUCUGCGCCUUUUAGGGGUCCACUGUUCAACCAUGCAAGGCCUCCGGUUUAUCCCAGGCGGCACAAGUCGUACUACGCUCCGUCGUGGUCCUGGGCAUCAAUUAUCGGUCCCAUAACCUUCCUGGCGGGGAGAUUAGACACAAGUGACAAGGACCAAGUUUCGCAUAUUCGCAAGAAUGGCACCAUCGAGCGGGGUACUAGGAGGCAAGUCUCCUUGUUCGAGACACCAGAAAUCGAGUACGUCACGGCCUCGUCAAAUCCGUUUGGGCCGCCUCGUCACGCAUCCCUAACAGUGUCUUACCAAACCGCCCCUGUCGUUUGGGCAUCUAAGAAAAUGUCUACAAUUAGUGAAAUGACUCGGUCCAAGAAUGGCGGGACUCUUGCUUACACACGAUCAUCUACCUCGUCCACAUCUACGUCUUUAAAUGCAGAUUUCGAACCUGAUAUUCCAGACAAAGACUUGAAUGUGUCACUCGGGGACUGUCUCUUACUGAUGCACGUUAUCACGACUCACGAUGCGACGGUUGAGAAGAAGGAGACGACAGGAUUAGGGGGGACAGUCGUUAGCGGCCAGAAAGGUACAAAGUUACAGGGGCUCGCACUCAUCCCAACCUCAGCUAGUAGUGGUGAUAGAGCUGUAUACCGGCGUGUUGGUAUCUUUUAA